GGAAGCGUUGGCCCAGGCAGUCCCAGCAAGAAAAACAAGGCAGCGUGUUGAGCGUGGCGACGAGUCGGUGGUGACACAGGCUGACGGGACGAGUAACGACGCAUCACGGAAACACAAGUGCACCUACCUUACUGCUCUGCGUGAAGGUGGUUAACUGUAAGCCACGACAAUGUUCAAUCCUAGCACAUUUGGAUCCAGUGGCAGUAGCUUCACUGGAUUUGGUUUAUCCACAACCACACCUGCUACUGCCAAUCCCAUGAAGGAUUUUGAGGUUGUUAAUCCUCCAGAUGACUCAGUCCAGUGCAUGGCAUUCUCUCCGCCCUCCAUUCCCCAAGAUUUUUUGGUUGCUGGAAGUUGGGACAAUAAUGUGCGGUGCUGGGAGGUGCAGAGAGACGGAAAGACGAUAGGCAAAGCCCAACAGACUAUGGGAGGGCCUGUAAUGGAUGUGGCCUGGCAUGAUGAUGGUAGCAAGGUUUUUAUGGCAAGUGCUGACAAAACUGUUCACUGCUGGGACUUGGGAAGCAAUCAGAAGAUGCAGGUGGCUCAGCAUGAUGCUCCUGUGAAGACAGUCCACUGGAUCAAGGCACCAACAUACUCUUGUAUCAUGACUGGCUCUUGGGACAAAACUUUAAAGUUCUGGGACACGAGAAGUGCACAACCUAUCAUGACCAUCAAUCUACCUGAGCGGUGUUAUUGUGCAGACGUGGAGUACCCGAUGGCUGUUGUUGGCACUGCAAACAGGCAUUUAAUUGUUUACCAACUUGAAGGUCAACCUCAAGAAUUCAAACAGAUAGAAUCACCAUUGAAGUAUCAGCACAGAUGUGUUGCAAUCUUCAAAGACAAGAAGGGUGCUGGUGCUCCUGCUGGCUUUGCCCUCGGCAGUGUGGAGGGUCGUGUUGCCAUACAGUACAUUGUUGCUGCAUCACCAAGAGACAACUUCACCUUCAAGUGUCACCGGUCAAAUGGCACAUCAAAUGGUUUUCAAGAUAUAUAUGCAGUAAAUGACAUCAAGUUCCAUCCAGUCCAUGGAACACUAUCCACAGUUGGUUCUGAUGGCAGAUUUAGUUUUUGGGACAAAGAUGCUCGAACAAAGCUUAAGAAUUCGGAAGCAAUGGAACAGCCCAUAUCCUGUUGUGCUUUCAGUCACAAUGGCCAGAUAUUUGCUUAUGCUGUAUCCUAUGAUUGGUCAAAGGGUCAUGAAUACUUCAAUCCACAAAAGAAAAAUUAUAUAUUCCUGAGGUCGUGCUAUGAUGAACUGAAACCUCGGAGUCGUUAAUGGAGACCUUACAACCUUAUUGGGGUUCUUGGGUUAUGCCAGUCCUGCUGCUGCUGCUGAUUCUGUUGCUGCUGCUAUUACUGUCGGGAAAAAAAUAUUUGUCUUAUUUCACUUAAUAUUUUUCAUAUGACUUGUAACUAAAAUUUUUAUACUAUAUCAGGUUUCAGAGUUUUUAUCCAUCAAUUUGAAUUUGGUGAUUUUUGAACAGAAACAUUAGCUAGAGCUGAAUGUUUCAAAGGAAGGCAAUUAUUAUUAUUUUAUUUUAUUUAUUUAUUUUUUUUUUUUUACUUUAGAGAAACCAGGAAUUUCAAGGAGAACAGUCACAUUAUCAUUGUCUUGCUUUUUAUUCCAUUAUAAAAAUAAACAUUUAGUUUUAUUAAUAUAUUACAGUUGUUAUUACAGUAAAUUAUGUAGCCUUUAUCAGAGCAGAGGUUUGCUGUAUUUUCAAGAUAUUGAUAUGUAAAAGUGAACUCUGGAAUACAAUUCAAAAUGUUAACUUAACAAGAAAUAGCACAUUUGAAUAAAAACAAUAUUCAUCAGUGUUAAUAACCCAUUUCUUGUGAAAUAGGAUUAAGCUUUCACAACUCAACCAGGAAGUAACUGAUGCUCCCAAGAAGCCAAUGUGGAAAAGAUAUAAUUGAUACCACACGAGCAAGCAAGAUAUGGUUGGCUAGACAAUAGCACAGUAGCAAUGUAUGAUUGGUAUUUCAUAAUGGUAAUUGUUUAAUUUCAGAAGUGUUACAGUUGAUGUCCAAGCUCAAUUCCUAAUAUUUUGGCAUUUUGAAGUAAGAGUAGGAUAGAAAAAAAUUUAAAUAUUCAUUAGACAACUAUAUGCUGUAUAUGCAGAAAAAGCCAUGUAUGCAAGGAAACUCACAUAAAGAGUUUUAUUGUGGAAACUUUCUGAGAGAAAAGAUGCCUUUAUUACCUUCUUCAUCCAAAUGAUUUUCUGUUCCAGGGUUUCUCCAUCCAAAUGAUUUUUCUGUUCAACAUAUUCAAAAAAUUUUAAUAAUACAUAUACUAUUCCUCUGAUACCUGGCAGCAGACAAAGCUUAUCAGACAUUGAAAAUAAGAAGGCCUCUGUGUUAAGGCACCACUUUUGCCACUGUGUAGAAUGCAGAUCAAGGUUUGAGGCACAACCCACUUACAAAUAAUAAUGACUACUUGAUUGGUGCAACAUUAUUUCUAACAAAAGAAAGUACCCAUAAGAAACUGAUUGACCAUACCACCAAGGGUAGGCAAGUAAGUCUCUCUCUCUCUCUCUCUCUCUCUCUCUCUCUCUCUCUCUCUCUCUCUCUCUCUCUCUCUCUCUCUCUCUCUCUCUCUAACUAGAUAGUACUAUUACUUUUUUAUUACAACUUAUUCCUAGAUUACAAUUACAUAUUUAUAAUUUAUUAUUUUGUGCAUUUAUUGAUGUUUAUCACUUUAAGCUUUUUUCUUUUAUCCACUUGUCCACUUAUCCACUUUUAUCAACUUAGGAAAUAAUAUAAUAAUCAUGUCUACCACAUGUACAAAAAUAAUGCUUAGCACAUGGUGAUGUUAUAGCCAAAGGUUGUAUGUAAAGUGUUGCACUACAAAUUUCAAAUCCACAUUAUCAAUUAUA